AAAUGAUAAUAAAUUGUUAUUGUUCUUGUUCGCAUUCAAAAAAGGCAUCGUGCCACCAUCAAUCAUCAAUUAAAUCAAAUAAUUAUGAAAUGAUAAACCGAUUCAGUGAAAAGACAAUCGAUUAGUAUGUGUUUUAAAUGGAAUUAACGCGCUAUAGAUACAUAAUUGUGUAAAGUGUGAACAUCGUCGAUAAGGAUAAUCGGUAAUUGAUAAGUAUAUUACUCUCGCUAGCGUUGUUCAUUGGUGAGCGUGAACGGCGAACGCGGCCGCGGCGAAUGGUAUCGCAGUAAUCAGUUCUGUCGUUGAGCACUUGUUGGGUACUUUGCUCGAACAAAAAAAUUUACGUUGUGAAAUUCAACGUCUCAUCCCUGUGUCCGAGAGCGUUGCGUCGACUCUUCGAGAACCAUAGUAGAAGCCAGUUACGUUGAGAAUAGAUCCGGAGUAUUGGCUGCCGGCUGAAAAUCUCGUAGUCAUCGCAGACCAGCUUACGUAAGCGACUUUCUCGCAAAUCAACAACGAUUCACGCCACGUAUACGGCGUUUGACGCUCUCUACGAAUGAUGUUCAGAAUGAUUGAAAAUUGUCGCUAGAAGUCGCUACCUAUCUACCUACUCGUCGCUUUAUUCGAGAUUUUCAUCAUUACCUAGGUGUAUAUCGAUCGGUUGUAUUAGUCGUAAUUGUUUGCAAUCCGAUAUCGAUCAUGACGCUCGAGACGGAAAAUUCAAAGUCGCCGCAACUAACUAACAAGCUGGAAUUGGAAUUUGACGCCAUCGAGAAGAAAAAUCUAUGGCCUUACUUGUUCCACCAAAUCAAAAGCGAGUCGAUGAAAAAUGAUUUCUCAACAGACGAAGCGAAAAAGUCGACCAAUAGAUGGUUGAAUCGUUACCGAGAUGUGAAUCCGUACGAUCACAGCAGAGUAGUGCUGACCAAAAGCGAAUUCAGCUACAUAAACGCUAGUUAUAUCACGGUGGAGGAAGCUAAGAGAAAUUACAUUCUAACGCAAGGUCCUUUGCCCAAUACGAUAGUUCAUUUUUGGUUGAUGAUUUGGGAACAGAACAGCAAAGCCAUCAUCAUGCUAAACAAACUGAUCGAGAAAAACCAGGUGAAGUGCAAUCAGUACUGGCCCAGUUCAACGGCGGAUACCGAUCAAAGCACGCUGGACAAUGGUAACGCAAACGGCAGCGUCAGCGACGGUGGUAGCGCGUUAGAAUUACCAGAUGUCGCCCUUCGGAUAGAAUUGAUAUCGGAAAAGACGUAUUCCGAUUACGUUGUACGCGAAUUAAGACUGACGAAUACGGAAUUACAACAGAGUCGCGAAAUUCUGCAGUAUCACUACGUGACUUGGCCCGAUUUCGGUGUACCGUCGAGUCCUCUCGCAUUUCUAAAAUUUUUACGUGAUAUACGCCAAAGUGGCGCUUUCGAUUCCGCCUACGGUCCUCCCAUUGUGCAUUGUUCAGCUGGUAUUGGAAGAUCCGGAACGUUUUGUCUCGUCGAUUCGUGUCUGAUUCUGCUGGCCGAAAAAGGCGUCGAAAACGUCAACAUCACCGAAAUUCUGUUGAAAAUGAGGAAUUGUCGUAUGGGUCUGAUACAAACGCACGAUCAACUAAGGUUUUCAUACGUCGCCUUAUUGCAAGGUCUCAAAGUGGAUUGGAACGCUUCUCAUCAUGAUGGUUUGCCAGAGGAGAACUAUUCGACGAACAAAAGCGAAAGAAAUAACGGAGGCGACAGCGAAGAAGAUACACCGCCACCUCUACCGCCACCCAGAGGCGCUUCUCUAGAAAAACCGCUUCCGGGAUCACCAAGCCAGUCUUCAUUGUCGUGCGAUUCUAGCGCCGCCGAAGACAUUUCCGAAGAAAUUGUUAGCGAAAUUGAUAGCGCCAAUGACAGCAGCGACGAUGACGAUGAUGAUGAUGAUGACGACGACGAUGAUUCCGAGGAGAACAACGAAGACGAUGACAAAGUGGCAGAUGGAGAUGCAUCGUCGACCGAAUUGCUGUCCAAAUUACCACACGUUGGAGACGUCAGCGUGCAACCGCAACCACCAUCAGCGCCAGCGUCCGCGUCGUCCGAGUCGAGAAAACGAAAACACGUCGAAACGGAAGAUAAAUCGAGAAAAAUAUACGAAAAGUUGCGCGAAAUGAAGAAAAAACAAGGAGACGCCGAAAAAUGGAAAAAGCAAAGGUCUAUAUUGGUUAAUUUAACAUUGGGAGCGAGCGUCGUUGCUAUAUCCGGCGUAAUAAUCGCCUACUUUUGGUACGGAAAAAACGCGUAACUCAAAUCACGAUCAGCAUAGAGAUCGAGCGCGAUUUUUUCUACGUACUUACCACUUGUGCCAGCGUCGUUAUGACCGAUACCCUCAAUCGACGUCGGCACCUCUGUGCAGUCAUUUGAAAUCUCUCUUUGUACCAUGUACCUAGACCUAUUCGCAUAAUAUCCGCCUACAGCGUGUGUAGAAAUAUCGACUACCCCGAAAAAAGUUUUGCGUUGAAUAUUUCGGUUGGUCACAGUGAACAACAAUAACGAUAACGUGUGAUUGGUUCCAUUCAUAUGCGUCCAUUUCACGUUUCCAACCGAUAUUUUUUACGAAAAAACCUUUUUUCGGGGUAUUCGGUACUUCUGUGCACCCUGUCUAUAUUUGGGUAUCGAUAUAGUUACAUUAUGUAUAGAGCGAAUGCUCUUUCGUACGCAUUUUGAAAAACUCGAGUAGGAAGUAGGUACAAGGUACAGGUAUCAUGUUGAAAUCGAAAUAACAUAUUUUUGUACAUAAUCGGUUAUUUAAUGACUGGAACGUUUCAAUUUUUUGGAUUUAUUUUUGUGGCCUUGCCGAUUUUCGUGAUACGUUAAUCGUUCUACAACAUUACGUAUGUUAAGCAAUUAUUUUUGUACCCGAUAUUUUGUAAUUUUAUAUACACAUACGUAUACAUUAUACAUACCUCUAUUUUAUGUACAGUUUUUUUUUUUUUUUUUGGUAUUCGUUCCCUUUCCUGUUGUUUCUUUCUCCCUGUAUGUUUGUGUCGCUCUUCCUGUUCCUCCGAAUGCGUUCGUUUGACAUUCCAGUAAAGUCUGAAAGAAGUAAAAUGAAAAAUUGUUCGCGUUUUAGGUUUAUGCAAGGAGAUUGAUAACUGAUAAGAAAUGAACGGCGGCGAGUGUAAUCGGAUCGCGCGAUAUAUGGAGCUUUUUUCACAUACCUACUAUUAAUCGAGUUGUCGAGUUGCGAUCUGAAGUUUUUUGUGAUAUAUGCAACUACGUACCUCCUAUUUACGUUACGUUACGCUACGUUACAUUUUACGUUUAUUGUGUAAUGUGUACCUAGACCUACUCGAUGUAUAUUGCAUACAGUGCAUACUGACACGACAUAAUUACAAUAAUAUUAUUUUAACCCACA